AUGGCCGAUUCAAUGGACGUCGAUGAGCAACCAAAGACAAAGGGGAAGAAAGAGGGCAAGGACAGUGGCAAAGCGCGGUUCGAAGUGAAGAAGUGGAAUGCAGUUUCACUGUGGGCAUGGGACAUCGUCGUCGACAACUGCGCCAUCUGCAGGAAUCACAUCAUGGAUCUUUGCAUUGAUUGUCAAGCCAAUCAGGUCUCCGCGACCAGCGAGGAGUGCAACGCGGCAUGGGGUAUCUGCAAUCAUGCUUUCCACUUCCACUGCAUAUCGCGAUGGCUCAAGACACGCAAUGUGUGCCCGCUUGACAACAGAGAAUGGGAGUUGCAAAAAUAUGGGCGUUAG